AUGAUUGUACUUAUUGUUCUAGGUGUGUUGCUGGCGAGUAAUAUACACUAUCACGAGUUACUGGGCAUGAGCAUCCGCGACGCUGGCAAUGGUCUCAUUUUUACGGGUAUACUCUACUUUUUUGCUGCAAUACUUGGAUUAGCUACUGCUCGCACGAAAAACAAAUGCCUACUGCUCGUUCAGGUGAUACUACUUGGGCUGAUAUAUUUCUUUCAGACUGUCAUGAGUGCAAUCGCGCUUGUUGGUAGUCGGGCUCCCAGUCUUGCGCUAAAUUACGAAUUCCAAAUAAUUUGCCUUACGGUGGGCAAGUAUGAGGCGUUGAGCGACAGUGACAAACAAUUAUGUCAACGCUUUUUUCAUAGCGAUGAGUUUGCAGGUGUCAUGCUGGUGUGGCAAAACUAUUACAAUAAAAGUGCCGUGGGGAGUAAGGAGGCGAGCUCUUAUCGUGCAAUGGUACUUAAUAUACAACAAAGUAACUUUUGUUGUGGAUAUGGGCUUCCGAGGAAUUGUGCGAUUAUUACUGACUCAUUUCCAAGUUCUCGACCGAAACCAACAGUAUUGAACUGGAGCAAGCAACGUCAAAAUUGUUCUAAAUCCUCCGGGAUGUAUCUCCCUACGACGGAAUGUCAAGGCGCGUGUUCUUUUGCGCUUCCGAGUGGAUCCUGCGGAAAAAAUCUGGUUAAUAGUGCGUCGCGUGGAUGUGCUGCGUUCGUGUCGAAGCAGCUUAGUUCACAAGUCCAAGCAAUUAGUGCGACUGCCUUAGUGUUAGCACUCUUCCCGAUCAUUUUUAUUGUAGGAUCUGUGUGUCUAUGUAUGAAGCGAAGAGACCAAGAUGUGCGGCCGCACAUAGAGUUUGCAAAAAUGGAAAAGACCGUUUCGAGCACACGAUCGCAAAUUUCAAAGGAACAAUCAAGUGAAUCUCCAAAUAUGGCGGCGGCAUCGCUAGCUGUCCAGUUCUACAUUUUUGAAGUCAAGGGCAAGACGUUGAUGCCGCUACAAUCCAAAGCGGCAGCGUAA